AUCCAUGUACUGCUGUUUAUCAUUUUAUAUUUUUAUUUAAGGAUUAUAGAUUCUUGUCAAGAAGCAUUUAUAUUAAGACUGUACAGGGAAAAUAACAAAGUACAUGCUUACAUUUUCUUUAUUACCUAUUAUAUGCAUUGUUAACCUUUGGAAAAUAUUUUGUUUCUAAAAUCUGACUGUAAAUGUUUUCUACUUUUAUUUCUGUUUUUAGACGGGUUUUAUCAAAGCAUUUUCAGAUGCACCAGAAGCAUUCACUGCUGGUUUUUCUAAAGUUGAACGAGUGAUGAAAAAUUUGUUUGUCAAAAAGCUUUACUUGUGGCCAAGGUGCAGCUGAUGUUAAGAUGUUUCAACUUAAUUAGGAGUGUCAAGUACUACUUAAUUAACAGGCAUAUAUAGAGUAUUAUUUUUACAUUUAAAAACAUUAGCCACUAACUACCGUGAAUGAUUCACAUAAAUUCUGUUGCCGAUAUCCUUUCAAGUACGUACAUCAGAUUUAUUUUUGCAUUGAAGUUGAUUAUUAAAUGCACGUACAUGUAUUUAUUGCAACAGGUUCUACGCACCAAUGUCAGCCUUUUUGGAGAGGCACACGGUAUGUUAAUCUUUUUCUUCAGUGUUCACUGAUUCCUAUUAUACAGCAAUAUUCUGUUCCCACAUCCGUUGUCAGUGCAUCAUCCGUUGUCAGCCAGAGGCGACGUAAUAAACCUUUGAUUCGAUCACGUUUAAGGCUCGUUGAAACGAGGCCAACAUGUUGAUCCAACAUAUAUCACCAACUCGAAGCGACUUGACCUCGUAGCUCAGUUGGCAGAGCAUUGGACUACAAUAUCCCGAGGGUCGCGGGUUCGAUUCCCACCGUGGCCAAGCUAACUUUUCAGCUUGCUCGGUGUGGAUGCACACUCAGAGUAACAUCACAAACAUCAUCUAACACUGCUGGAUGCAACAUUGUUGGUCUCGUUUGAACACUAUGUUGGGUAGUUUUGCCUGAUGUUGGAUCGGUUUUGACUUGGUUUAAUAUUUUCAUCCAACAUCCGUAGAUAGGGUCCCAUUCAGCGGCGGAAGUGACGUGAUAAGGUGUGAGUGCGGUGUACCUACAGUACGUACAGUGUUGUACUUUAUUUUUAUCUGACAUCACAUAGAGCGGUGAUAUCAUACAGUAUACGUCCUUUUUUAUCUGACGUGAUGCAGUGUACGUACUGAAAGUACAUCUACUAACAUCAUCCAACAUUCUUGGACCAACAAUGUUGGACGACGUUGGACUCGUUUUCCUUUCAAAACUUAGCUAAACGAAAGAUGGUUAGCACCCUUAUCUUUAUCACAUGCAGGGAGCCCGAUUAUGACUUUUUAAUACAUAAUCUGUAUACAUAAUCUCAGUACAUACAGUAUUAAUAAGUAUAUUUAUAUCAAAGCCACACGCGUUGCAAUCUCCAUACGUUUAUAUCAAAGCGGUCAGUGCGAGAUAACAUGCGAUGCGAGAAAACACGCGAAUCGUUUUGAUGUUUUCUCCCUCGCGUGUUUUCUCGCAUCGUGUUUUCUCGCACUGGCAGCUUUGAUGUAAAUGAAUAGAGAUUAUGUGCCAUAAUCGAGCUCCUGUGUCUUUAUCUUUAAUAUUUUCUUAAAGCGUUUAUACUUAAUGAUUUGUUUCUUUAUUACCAGCCUGAACUUGUGGAACUUCACCUUCAACUGACACCAUCAAUGUUAGUCAUACAAACUUCAAUUCUGGAUUUAAUAGCUACCUGCUUGAGAGAUAUUAAACGUCUAAACUCCUUUGUAAGUUGUUAAAACAAGACAAUUUCCGAUAGAAACAUGCAUUUUUUGCUGAUAAGCUAAUGCCAGUCAAUACUAAUUACAUUUUCAAAAAUUUUAAAAGGAUAAACUUUACCUUCACAGUGUUUUUCAUUUAUUCUUUUCAUUCUCGGUAUCUCUGGAUGACUUUGUUAUGAUUAACUAUCGCGAAAUGCGUGAGCUCACUAACUUCCCGACGAAGGGCAUUACGAAAUCAUGUUUGCCAUCUGCCAAGACCAGGUCUGAUAGACCUUAAUAAUAUGCAUAAUGACGUCACGUGGCUUGAUGCCCGCGAGGAAUGCUGGUAUUAGUAGUCAUCGCCCGGGAAAAUUAAACAAUUCAAAAUGGCCACUAUCGAAAUUUUCCAGGACGAUGACUACUAAGACCAGCAUUACUCGCGGGCAUCAAGCCUUGUGACGUCAUUAUGCAUAAGGUCUAUUAGGUUACUAAGACCAACCAUGUUCUUAUGUGGGCGUCGUUUGUGGCGUUGUCCCAGAGCUCCAAUUUUGAUAGGAUAUUGUCAUUGAACUGUUAGAAAAAAACGUCUAUUAAAUGAACUUUAUAAAAACAGUCACUUAACUAUAAAUACUUACAAGUGUAUUUUGCAUAGUUUAUUCCACUUGGUUAGAUUUUCUUUUAGAUUAAGUGUAAAAUUUUAAUAAAAAUGAUUCAAAUGUAGAGCCUUAAUGGAAAAACUGCGAAGAGUUUUAUUCCAUCACAUGAAUAAAUUUAGCAUGAUUCAGGAUUUUAAUUUUUAUGAUGCAUAUAACUAUUUUUAGUUGGAUCCUGAAGAGUUGACAGUUGAGAACAGUAUUAAUAAAUAUUUUGAUAAACUAUUACGACUUCAACUUGAUCCUGUGUGGCAUCAACUGGUAAGUAAUUGCAUCAUCAUCAGGCGUAAACUCGCGGGCUUAUAUACGAACACGUGCAGCUAUAGAAAUAAUAGAUAUCUAUUAUGUCUACUAUGAUAUAUCCAUAGACGGAUUUUCUGGGGGGGUGCAGGGGGGUGCUACCCCCCCAAUAUUAGCUAUAACCCCCCAAACAAAAUGUCCACCCCUCCAAAAAAAAUUUUCAACCCCCCCAAUAUUCGGCAUAAUAAAUAAAUAAUUAAAUAGUCCACUCCAACGUGCAGAGUGUUGAUGAUACAAAAUAAACGUAGGAGUACACUCAAACAGAAAAAGACAGUGCAACACUCUGAAACUAAUCGCUCCUCGCUUGCAUUCACUGGUUUAUUGGAGCAAUUGUAAAGUUUUGAAACUCUAUUAUCUUCCCUGAAUAGAGUUUGCAGUGCUUUGUCAUGCGAAUAGCUUGCACGCAAGGAACGUUUGGAAUUUUUUCGAACACUAUUUUUAGUUUUUAAUUAUUUUAGGAAAUAGACUUGCCUAGAUUUAAUCUUUACGCCCCAAAUAUUAUUUACAUCGGAGUUGCAUCAUAAAUGGUACUCGGAUUCAACACAAUUAAUGUCAAUGACUUUAUAAAAGUAUGUUGUGUAUUGGCCUACUUUUACAGGUUCAUACUCUCAAGUCUCUCUCAACAGAUAAUCGGACAUGCCAAAUCCAUUGAUAUGACAAAUUGACAACUUCAAGAAAAUUUUUUUUGAAGCUAGACUGAAAUCAUGAUCUUUUUUCAAAUUUUUCCUGGGAUACUUUGUUUUCUGCUCUCUAGACUCCCCCUUGCGGCUCUAGUGUUCCACCCCUAGAAUAUAGACCUUACUGGUGUUUUGUGACACUUUGUGUUGCUUCAGUCACCUGCUCACGGCUCACCCCCCUAAAAUGUCUGGCACCACCCCAGUAAUAAAUAUGAAAAUCCGUCUAUGGUCAUAUAUCGUGAUGUAAAACAAUAAGUUGACUUAUAAAACACUUGACAGUUUUGGGCGAAAGCUUUCUUCAGAGGUUAGUCGACACUGUUGUAUUGUACAUACUGUGUUAAAAACAUGAAUAAUUUGUUUUUUUGUUUUAGAGCUCCAAGACCAAGCAGCUUGUUGCUGAUCUCAAGGUGCUGAGAACUUUGCUGUUGUAAGUCUUUUUGGAACUACUGUAUAUUUGGAAAAAAUCUGCAAUCAUGACUGCAGACCUUACUAUACAGUAGUUAGAAAUUCGUUCCCAACAUAUUCAUGUCAUUCUGUUGAGCGUUGCAAAUCUCAGUCUGUGCAAUGACAAUACACCCUUUCGAUAAUUACGUCACACAUACGUUUUGGUCUUGGAGCCUCGCUCUCAUUAGUAAGUUACGCAAGGUGAUUGGCUCACGAUUCAUAAGAGCGAGGCUCCCAGGCCUAAUGACGUAAUUAUCGAAAGGGUGUAUUAGAUUAACAUGAAUAGCCAUUUCAGACCACGUGUCAUAACAGAUUUUUUAUUCGCUGCUAGCUGAACAAAGAAGCUGUUAUGACACGUGGCCCUGAACUAGUCAAUGUACAUCUAAUAGACAAUUCCCAUUAUAGACUAAUUUUAAAACUAGGCAAGGAGAUGCAAAAAUGAGUAAAAUUGCAAAGUUUGGUUGCGAAAUGUUGUCGGUGAAAUGCGGAAAACAUAGCCUUGCAAAGUUUGCAAAUUUUGCAUACUUUUUGUAUUGCGUGCGGAAAUUGCUACCACUUUCGGCCCAAAUGUGGGAGGUUAGAGUUUACUGAGGGUUGCGGUUGCUCUUCUUUCUCUCCUUCCCUACUCCCUCCCCCAAUGUUCGCCACUGCCAGAAAACCAACCACUGUGACAGAAUUCUAAGAGUCAAAAUAUUUGUUGUUUCUUUUUUAGUUAUUUAACGCAGUAUGAUUGUGUUACAUUUUACCAAUUCCUUCAAUCACUAAGGUAAAGUGCUCAAAUUUGUUUUGUAUACUGUAGACCGCUAAAUUACAGUAUCAAGACGUUCAAAGCGUAUAAACGCUUGAAAGUAGUUUUGAGCAUGGUUUCAUAAAAGAAUAAGCUGUACACCUUCAGGAUGUGGCGCUUAUCAUUGGUUUCUUCUCUAUACGUUUUUGCCAGAACAAUUUGUGCGUCAUUUAGCACUGCGAGUCUAUGUUUUUCUUUCCACACUUUUGUUAUAGACAUCAACAGCCGCGCACUGUCGCCAGGGCUUAAAAUGCCCAUGUUGUCAACUCUACUUCUUUACUGUACUAUAUAAUCAAUAGAGUGGCAGUAUUUCGCCGACAUGAACGUACGAAUAUCCCUGUUUUUAAUAAACUUGUAUUAAUUGUUUGACAAAUGUAGAGCAAGUGAACGUGAUACGAUGUACCAUAGUAUGUGGAUGUUUAUGGAUGCUACAGAAGCAUUAUUUGUGGUAUUUAUUUUAUAUUUCCAACAAGAGACGGGCUGUGCGGAUAUGAUCUUGUACUAUAUGUAUCAGUGUAUUUAUGAAUUGCGAAUGUAUGUCUCAUCCAAUUUUGCCCUUCGUUACUACAAAGUUUCUUUCGAAAUAUUGCAUUAAGGGGUACAGUACAUACUUGAGAGAUGAAUGGCUAUCACUGUUUCAAUUUUACACAAAAAAAGUUCUUGCAAAGUGUAGACAACACGAAAAGUCUGUCAAAUUUUCUCUUUGAUCUAUCAUUUAACCAUUUAACUCUCAACGGGAGGUGCAUGACUUUUCAUGGAAGAUGCAACCAAUGUUCUUAUAGGCUUUAAACCAAAUAGGAUGAGAUUUAGGAUUGGAAUUAAGGUUUGGGUUAGGGUCGAUGUUAUCAUGACGACCACGAGGUCACGUAUAGUCGGGCUUUCGCAAACUCCUUUUCAAAGACGUCAAUUUUAUCCAAGUCUUAAAAAGUCUAAAACGGACUCGUGGCAAGUCUAGUGACGUGUUGACUUUCGGGUAUAGUCUUAUAUUUCUUAGUCGACUUCUGCUAUCCUCCUGUUUUGUUAGAUCUUUUCGGAGUGAUAUUCCUUGUCUCCAUUGUUACAUUCUCAUCUCAUUCCUCUCUAUAAUGGACCUUUCCUCUAAACUAAAAUUUUGAUCUAUAGACAAGUCUGGACAUAUAACGAAUUGAAUGGACAUACAGAGCUUAAAUGUGAAGAUUAUAUUAAAUAUCUAGGGGUUUUAAUGGACAAGAAUCUCUCAUGGAAAUAUCAUGUAGAACAUGUUCUAAGUAAAAUAAGUAAAACUGUAGGCAUGAUUUCAAAAUUAAGGCACUUUGUACCUAAACAUACUUUACUUAAUAUUUAUAAAUCGCUAAUAGGUCCAUAUCUCUCCUAUUGUCUUGUUAUCUGGGGUCAGACAAGCAAGUCAAAUUGGAGUAAUAUCUUAGUUUUGCAAAAACGUGUUCUUCGCUUCAUCCAUUUUUCAGAUAAACGAGAACACGCAAUACCUUUUUUUGUUGCUACAAAUAUUUUACCAGUAAAUAUCUUAUUCUACGAAAAUGUACUUACAUUGAUGCAUGAUGUUAUAAAUAGAGUUGCACCAGUCAAUAUUCUCAAUCUUUUCCAGAAAGCGUCAGAUAUUCAUUCUUAUAAUACUCGUUCCUCAAAGUCAAAUAAUUUUUACAUUAAACAAUCGAAACUAGAAAUUCAACGAAAGUCUUUUUCUCAUGUUGGAGUAAAAUGGUGGAAUGAGGUACCAUCUUGCAUAAGAGAAUUGCCAAAAAGAGCAUUUAAGAAAAGGAUACGUAGUAUCCUUUUGGACAUUUUACAGAAUGAAAACACUUAUCCGGACAUAGAGUCGCUCAGCUGUAAAAUUAAGAAAAGAUUACGCAAUGAAGCCUCAAAUUGAAGCGUUAACUCCUACUUUUUUCCCUGUUCUUGAUAUACAGUAUAUUAUUAUUAUUAUUAUUUUCCUUUCUAAAAACGUUAAGUUUAUUAAUAUGUAAUUUCAUUGAAAAUUAUUUCAUAUUAUGUAUAUAUAAAAAACAUGUACAACACGCGUUGGGCUGUCAAUUUCCCGUGCGUAAUACAAAAUGACUGAAAAACGGCAAACUUCGCAAGGCUAUAUUAUUCGCAAUUUACAACAUUUCGCAACGAAACUUUGGAAUAUUACUAAUUUUGUGAUGCUCUUUCAAGCUGUGAUGAAAUUUUUGUCUAGAUCAAAAUUUUAGUUAUAAGGGGAAAGGUCCAAUUUCAGCUUCAUAUAGCAACAGAUAAUAAAUGUACAAAAUUAUAACGUGAUUUGCUUCAUGUUUUUUAAAUAUAGCACGCAAGAGAAAGAGUGUAUCAACUGAGUCUGGGCGAAACAAAAUCUAAAGCUAAAAAGCAAAAAACCUUGACAAAUGAUGAGAGUAAAAGGUUCGUUUUACAAUAA